AUUCUCUCAACGCCUGUGCUGGACGGCGCGAGUGACCGCUGCCGUGGAUACAUUAAAGCCCUCUCUCUCUCUUGUGACACAUCCGUUGUACCACAGCAGCACUUGAAGUUGAAGCUCUGAUAAUGAAGCAGCGAGACAUUAUUUGAGACCAUGUCUGCAUCAAUGCCAAGAUACUGAACAUCGUCCGGAGAUCCCACUUCUCAUCUUGAACCCAUGAAAUGGCGUUCCGCUGAAGUGACAGACUAAACGGCGUGGGAAUGGUGGCUUCCCUUUCCAGACUGCACUGCCUGUUGAAGAGGGUUCAGAUGCUGCUGCUGGGUUUGGGCAUCGCCUACCUGAUGGCGGGCAGCAUCCUGCUCUUGCAGCGUUCCAGCCUCAGAAUAGCCCAGUCGAACCUCGCCAGCCUGCCACCGCUGCUGUCGCUCGCAGCGCCUCCUACUGCGCUCAGAACGACAGGCCUGGGUGUGAGAGCACGGGCCAGGUGGGCGACAGUUCAGUCGGCAUCAGGAGGGGGAGCCAAGGUAAUACAACAGUGGCCCGCUUCCAGAAGCCUGGGGGUUCAACACUUGCAUCGCCGCUGGUUUCACAGCCUCCUGCCAGAGAGUCCGGAGCAGAGAGUUUCCCUCCACAGCAGCAGCAGCAGACAAAAAGGAACGUACAUCGGCUGCUUUCUGCACAACGCCAGCGAUCGCGCUCUGGGAGGAACCGUACUUUAUGACCUGCGCAAAAUGACCAGUUCUCUGUGUCAGGACACCUGCUCAGAAAGUGGCUACCAGUUUGCAGGUCUGGAGUAUGGGGCUGAAUGCCACUGCGGGAACCGUAUCAGUAGCCCGCGGGUUCCUGAGGAAGACUGCAGUCUGGUGUGUCGCGGUGAGAGGGGAUCCCCCUGCGGCGGCGUGGGCCGUCUCUCCAUUUAUAAGGUGGAAGAGCAGCUGCCAGGUCACAGAAAAUUCAGAAACGUUCACUACCGCGGCUGCUUCAAGCUGCUGAAGAGCAUCAUCGGCACCUUCCCCAUCUACUCCUUUCAGCCCAACCUAACGACCCAGUCCUGCAUUGAGACCUGCACAGAUAAGGAGCUCCCACUGGCUGUGUUCAGGAAGCCCCACUGCUUCUGUACGUGGACAUCGUCUAUUUUCAGCAUCAGCCCGCAGUCUGACAAUCAGCAGUGUUUGGGGAACCACAGCAGCUCCUCCACGUCCACAGCACCCACUCAACACAACUACUGCCAGGUGUAUCACACACCUGUCCUGGAUUCCAGGUGUAAAGAAAGGAUGUUCCUGCCUCAGAAGUCCAACUCCCUGGUGGCGCUUUCUAGUUUUCCUGGUGCAGGCAACACCUGGGUACGGCACCUGAUUGAGCUCGUGACCGGCUACUAUACGGGUAGCUUCUAUUUUGAUGGCACAUUGUACAACAAAGGUUUCAAAGGAGAAAAAGACUACUGGAAGAGUGGCCGCAGUGUCUGCGUGAAGACCCACGAGAGUGGUCAGAAAGAGAUUGAAAUGUUCGAUUCUGCCAUCUUGCUGAUUCGAAACCCUUACCGCUCCCUCGUGGCCGAAUUCAACCGCAAAUGCGCCGGACAUUUAGGCCAUGCCACAGAUGCACAGUGGAAAAGCAAAGAUUGGCCAGAAUUUGUCUCGAGCUAUGCCCCCUGGUGGGUAUCCCAUGCUUUGAGCUGGUUGAAGUUUGGUCACCGCCUUCUGGUGGUGCACUACGAGGACCUGCAGAGGGCGCUCAUCCCACAACUGCGUUUCAUCACCUCAUUUUUGAAUGUCACCUUGACCGAGGAGAGGCUUAUAUGUGCCCAGAGCAACCAGGAUGGACAUUUCAAACGCUCCGGGGGCCGUCGGCUCUCAUUUGACCCAUUUACUCCUGACAUGAGACAGAUGAUUGACUCCUUUAUUCAUACUGUUGAUGAAGCACUGCAGAGCAUGAACUUUAGUGGACUUCCACAAGAAUACCUUCCUAGAUGAUGACAUGAAAAGGACAUGCAUAUAUCCUGAAAGCGAGUGCUUCAGUGGGGGGGGGG